GUCUGAAGCGAUAAACUUCUCUGUCCGUUGCGCUUGCUGUACUCAGACGGAGAAGAGCAGCUAGGCUGUUUACUACACCCUUCUGCUGCUCUCCCUACAGCGAUUACAAACAUCUAACAUGCAAACGAUACAAAGACACUAGUUCACACAGAAAAGAUGGAUGACGUGGCCUCCGCCUCUGUUCUUGCAGGCCCGUCUCAGCCCACGUUUUCCCGCCCGUCGGCUUCCGAGCGUCGGAAACGCAAGUCUGGCACCGCCAACAUCUUUCAGGGAGUAAACCUGAGGCAGCUCAGACGGCUCUUCCAGGCGGCGGGGGACCCGGACCCCGAGCAGAGAGCCCGGAUGGUGUGGGGGAACCGGAGAGCAGCGGGCGGAGAGGACGGAGCAGAUGGGGAGGAAGAGGACGAGGACAGAGCGAAUGCGGAGGUGGAGACGGGUUUGGCCCAGGCGCUGGUGGGACUCCGAGUCCGAGCGAGGAACCGAAGUGGCCUCAGGGUGGAGUCCCAUAAAGACGGCACAGGAACAAGAUGGGUGCGAGCGUUCGGUCAUCUCAGAAUCAACGAGGGCUCACUGGGACAGACGUCUGAAGUCAUAACUGGAGAUGAAGAUAAAGACAACGAUGAAGAUGACGAUGCAUCUGCUUUGGGAGCCUGUGGGGGGCAGAGCUCUUUUGAGGCUGGAUCAUGUGACCAAGCUGACUUCCUGCCCCCAGAGGAAGAGACUCAGGGGCCCUCGGGUGGCCCCAGAUGGAGCUGGAACGCCGUUCAGGAGAAGGACCCGGAGCGAUACCUGCACCGGAUCCGACACUGAGGCAGCAGAGCGGCAUCCAAUCAGAUUACUGCCUGAGAGACUCGCUGUCACCAUAGAUUUACUUGAAGCCACCGCCUCAAUCAAACACUCGUCUUAAUCCAGCAACGAUCAACACUACAGCACCUGCAACGGCCAGGAAGGGACAUCAACGAUAAUCCUGCAGGAUUACACUCCUUUUAUACAUUAACACUGUUUACGGGUUUGUGCCAUUCUGACAUCCUCAGACCUGAUGGCACAAUAACAGUCAAACACUAUUAGAAGGAUAGUUCACCCAAAAAGGACAAUUGUGUCUUAAUUUAAUCACCCGCAUGUUGU